GCAUUCUAGUGUUAUCAAAGUUUUUCAUAUAAUUUGUGUUUUUUUUUUUGUUUUUUUUUUACAAUAAUAAUAUGGACAACAGUUAUCACCAUGCUCCACCGGAUACACAGCAACCUCAGGGUUACGGAAGUGGUUAUCGGGAGACUCCGUACGCCGCCAACAGACUACCACCACCCCCGGGUAACACCGGUGAUUCCCCGCUACCGGACAACACGGCUCCCCCUGCGUGGGGCACCACACAGGGAUAUAACCCCCACCCAUACGCAUUCAGGAACGACUACCCCCCACCACCUCCACCCCCGGGGAGUUUCGGUGGUCCUCUCUUAGCUCCUCCGUAUCCUUUCGACCCCACGGUCCCGCCGCCACCCUUCGGCUGUCCUCCUCCACCUCCACCGGGCCACUUCCCAAACAUCCCACCGAACGCUCCGGUUAACACCUACAGCAGCACCGGGACCCCUUCAUUUCAACCGAACUGUAGACCCGGACCCCAGACCGGUCAGUUCGACGUCCAGACAGCGGUACAGUCGAACCAGAAACAUUAUGAAUAUCAGGGUUUUUCUGACAAUGGAGAUGUUUUCAGCAGGAGACUGGGAAUAACAACAACAACAACACAACCACAACCUGAAGAUGAAUCAGUGGUUCAGAAACGACAGGACGAACAGUGGGUGAAAAGAUUCGUAGAAGAUAAAGGUAAAUCCUGUAGGAACCCACCGACUCCACGACCACUUCAGAUUUCAGUUCCGGACAUGAGAGCCUUGCUGUACGGUGCUGCCCGGCUGGUGUCACGGCUGUCAGAGUCCUGUGGAGCUCUGAAACUCAACCUGGAGAACGAGUGUGCGUGGACCGACUCUUAUUUACAAGCUUUAGAGAUGAAGAAGGAGCUCGAAGACAAACUGAAACUGCUCAGCGACGGUGAUAGUUUACAGAGGUUGAAAACUAAACUGUCCCGCAUCGCUAAGACGAGGGAGAGGAGGAUGAGAGGAAGGAAACGAAGACAGGUGGAGGAGCAACACCAGGAGGUUCAGACUGCUGAGAAGGAGGCCGCCAUAGAUAAAUGGAGGAUGAAGAAGAUACACGAGGUGGAGGAGAGGAAGAAAGAACAGGAGCUGAAACUGGCUGCAGACUCUGUUCUGUGUGAAGUGCGAAAGAAGCAGGCAGAUGUGAAGAGGAUGCAGGACGUCCUCAGAUCUCUGGAGAAACUGCGCAAACUGAGGAAAGAAGCAGCGUCGAGGAAAGGUAUCUUCACUGAGCAGGAAUCUGACGAGGCGUUUAGCGGCCUGCUGGAGAAGCUGAGGAGCGUGAUGAAGAAGAGGACAGCUGUUUACUCGGCAGAGGAGAAGGCGCUGAUGGUGAUGUUGGAAGGAGAACAGGAGGAGGAGAGGAGGAGAGACCUGGAGAGACGAGUGAAGAAGGAGAAGGAGAAGCAGCUGCAGAGGAAACGCCGAGUGGACGCCAUGCUGUUCGGAGAUGAAGUACCUCCUGAUCCGGGCCUGCAGCCUUUCAGAGAAUACUACACCCAGGCUGAGCACUCGCUGCACGCUUUAGUACAGAUCAGGAGAGAAUGGGAUUCGUUUCUGGUGCCAGCGGAUCAUCCUGACGGUACCCCGGUCCCUCAGGGCUGGGUCCUGCCAGACCCCCCCUCAGACCAGGCCUGGUCCUCGGCUCUGCAGAGCACAGACGUGGACUGUGAUGACCUCUGACUAACAGUGUCUUGUCAGGUGACUGAUAAAGACGCCAUCUGCCACAUCAGGCGGAGCAUUUGUCAAGUGAGGACACUGUCGCAAAGCCAUCAAUAAUCCUGUAGAUUGAUUCAAUUUGUUUCAGUAUCAAUCCACGGUUUAUUGCAGGCACUACUGAGAAGAAAGAUUACAAGAUAAAAAUAAUUUUGUUGUAUCUUGAGGAAACUUUUAGAUCCUUGUUUCGUCGUAACUGGAUGAAAUUAAUUUAUGUUUUCAUGGUUUCUUUUUCUACUUUUUUUUUUUCAAUGCAGCCACAAUGAUUUUUUGUCUGAAUAAAGCAGAGAACAGAAAAUAAAACAAAUUUUAUUACUCACUGCUGUUAUUUCUACCAUUAAUGUUCCUUAAUAUAACCUGUCUUACAGAGCUGCUGGACUGUGUGGUCGAUCUAAUACACUGUUGCCCAUAAAGUUGGAAUAAUUUGGUUUUCAGACAGAUUCCUCUUUUUAUUCCUAUUUCUACACAUCAGUAAUCACCUGUUUUAAACUCGUUUUACCCUUUAUACUGUAUACUGAGUGCCAAUUUGCUCCAAGAGGAUUCUGUUGGGUUUCUGUAAAGUGGCUUAAGAGUGUGGUUUAGAGCAGCUUUAAAUGCAAAGUGUUGU